AUGGACUUAGAUGACAUCGAUCGCUGGCGCGCCGGUGGCAGCAGCCGAGAUCACUACCGCUCGCGCUACGCGCCGCAGUACUCUCGCAAGUGGAAUGAUGCUUACCAAAGCACAUACGACCCGCCCCCGCCACGGCGGUACUUCAACGAUGAUCCUCCCUCACCAAAGCUGCCCUCACGUCGGAGCGCUCCGCCGCCACCGCCACCGCCACCGCCACCUCCGCCACCACCACAUCGUUCGGAGUCUCAGAAUGCAAAACGCAAGCAUAAGCACUACUCGAAGCCCCGUCGCAAGCACCGUGCGAGAUCAGCCAGCUUCACCUCUAGCAACGCGACGAGCACGGCGACGACUCGUGCGUCCUCGACCUCGAGCACCGAUAGUACUGCAAGCUCCACCACCACCUCGUCCAGCUCAUCGAGUAGCAGUGGCUCGUACGAGCCUUCCGACUCGGAAAGAGGGAGCGCGACGACGUCCAGUACCAGCAGCAGCUCGACUUCGUCGAAGUCCACCUGCGGCAGCAGUCGCACUUCCUCGCAUGAAAGACAUGCACAGCCGCGCAAGACGCAGAAGCAUCUCCAACGGCACGCCAACGCGCGCUCUCGCGUCGCUGCGAAGCCGAUCAUAGCUGCGCAGGACGAGGAAAUCGCCGCAGCAGCGGCGUGCAGAGCAAUUCUCAGCAAGGAGGCGCAGCUGAAGGAGCAGGAGCUACGGCUUCUCCAGCAGAAGCGGAACUUCGCGGCGGAGGUUCAACGUCGGUCGUCCCAGCCGCAUCGCUUUGGGGUCGAAGACGACGCAAUACGGCAGAUGCAGCGGCUUAUCGAUCUUACAGACACGACACCGGCGUUGGAGGAGUUCCUGAGGCGCACAUACAAGGCUCCACCGGCGAGCGGUGCCUCGACGGACGCAGGGGCACUGACGUAUCUGCGCUCCUACGAGGGCGCGUUGUCGAGAAAUGGGGUGGCGCCGCUGCUGAGUCGGAUCGUCGCACCGCCACCCACGCCCGCCACCGCCGCUGCCGCCAAUGCUCGAUGCGAAGAGCGCCUCGUCAUCGUUGGGGAUGCGCCACCAGCCCCUACAAGCCAGCCAAGUGGCUCACCGGAAACGGCGCCACCGGCGACUACGCCGUUCAUCGCGGCCGCGGCGCCAACUGCCAGUGAAAGAGUGGAGCUGCGCGGGACGAGCGCCGAGGUGGACUCGUUGCUGGAGCACAGCCUUCCCGUAGAGGGCCACCUUCUCACGCGCUCCCCUCCGCCAACUCCGACCGACAGCGCAAGAGUGCGUGCUCUGUCGGAAAGGGUGCCGGCGCAGUCGCUCGCCAUCGAUGCCGGAAAGACAGAGAAUCAGGUGCUCGCUGCUAGCGCACCGGCGGAAGGUGCCGUCACAGCUGCAAAUGACGAGCAGAGACAAGGCGGCUCGGCCGUACCGGCAAAGGAGAAGGCAGCGGAGACCGCUGAGCCGGCGGCGAGCAGACCCUUAAAAGGUGGUCGCGCUACUUACAAUGAGCUGGCGCAGCGGCGCCGCAUGAAGGUGAAGGUGCGACGUCGCCGCAGUCGUUCGCACGUUCCGACGCACCAGUCCGAGACGGACGGUGACUCAGCCUUAGAGAAUGAUCCUUCGCCGAACGCGAAGCGACAAGACAGGGCUGCCUCGCCUCCCGCCGGAAACUCGCAGCCAGUGCAGCGGCAGCAGUCCAUCGGCGCACCGCUGCAGCUGCUGCCGCCGCCACCGAGCCCCGCCUCUCGUGCCGUCGAUGAGCGGCAGCUCAUCUUCGGCAACCCAGUGCAGCAGUACAGCCAAGGUGGGGCCAAAAAGCAGCCGUGGGCAGUGGCCAACUGGCCAUGCAAUGCCCCACCACAGAGGUUGACACAUAAAGGACAGGAUAGCCCGCCAGCGCUCUGGUACGCCUCCAACAGCCCUGUGCCACUCUCGCACCAUGAGUUUAAGAGCUUGCUCUGCUCCGAGUAUGUGUCGCCGGAGAUGACGACCGUGCUAGCGCCGGGAGCUGCGAGCGCGACCAUAGCCGGUGUUGAUGCGGACAAGCGACUGUCGGCGGCGCCAACGAGUACGAAGGCGGGACGCGAUGCGUACGUGCCAUACGGCGGCGGCGCCGCCCACGUUGCAACUCCCUCCAGAGCAACCGGUGCUGGCGAGCGCGGCCCUCAGCGAAAUUCUCGGAACCGAUCCGUGCGCAUUCAAGAUGCGCACGAAGACUCUGAACCCCCCUUCGCCGUGGAGUCAACACAUGGAGAAGGCGACUCUCCGGCCCGUAUCCCUGCCGAGCUCUCAGCACCGCCUCCAGUCGCGUUAAGGAGCGACGAAGACGAGCUGGUCGUGGAGUUUCCGCCGCCGCCGCAUAUGAGGGCGAGCGACAUGCCACCCCCGGGCGACGUGGGCAGCGACGGCGAGGACAGCUGUUGCGGGUGUGGAGGCAGUAGGUGCAGCUGCUGCUCUGCUCCUUGUGCUGGCUUCCGUAGUUGCUGGUCCGCCAUGUUCAGCUGCCUAUUUCCGUGCUGCUGCGGCAAGAAGAAGCCAAAGGUCGCGCAGUCGACUGAGCCGCAACGUCGACUGGCCUUUCAGAGGCCCUAUCCAGCCUCUGCUCCGCCGAUACCACCCCUGCAGAUGCAGAUCGCACCGACCACGACGAACGCGCAGCCGUAG